AUGUUGCCUUUGAAAAGGAAAAGGAGCAAUAUGGCAGAAAAGUCUAGCUCUGAGGAAUAUAGCUCUGAAGAUAAUUCAUCGGAAGGAGCAAUGCUCCAGGACGAAGAACUCGACGAUCAGGAAGAAAUGGAGAUGAUACAGCAAUCAAUAGCCAAGAGGAACAUGAGGGAAGGCACUGAACUAUUAAAGAAAACUUCCAAUAUAAAAGGAAAGGGGAAGGCUAAGAAUGAAGUUGGGUCAAAGAUAACGGUCGAUAAUACGUUGGAUGAACGCUUGAAGUUGUUGGAGGAGAAG